AUGAGCUCCAUCGCCACGCAGCCGCCCGUGCAGCAGUCGCCGUCGUACGAGAGCAUAGCGACGCCCCCUUCCAGCGAGGCCGGGCGCGACACGUUCAACAGCGUCGAGACGGGCCGCCAGCCAGAGGACGAGGAACCGCCGAGUCCGCCCAGCAAGCUCGAAAAGUGGCUAUGCGGCCUGCGCGGCGUCGUGGUCGGCGUCGUCGUGGGGGUCGUGCUGGGGCUCAUCUUCAACUCGGUCCACCUCCCAGACCAAGCCGUCACGUGGAUCGGCACCCCGGGUCGGCUCUUCAUCCGAGCGCUCGAGUGCCUCGUGCCGCUCUUGGUCUUCUCGGGCCUCGUCGUGGGCAUGACGGACAUGUCGCUGCAUCAACACACCAAGCGCAUCGGCGGGCGGACGCUGGCCUGCUACCUGCUUACGACCUGCGUCGCGGCGGCCAUCGGGUUGGCCAUGGCGAUCCUCUUCCGGUCAACGUUUAACACUGGCGAGAAGGGCGUGACUGAGUCAGCGGCGCCUGUGGCUCUCCAGUGCGGAGAAGAGAGCGGCUGCUACGUCACAGUCACGGCAGACGGCACCCUCACUUGCCGCCGAGACGAAGAGCUGGCGGACGUGGCCAACUUGAACAGCAGCACCGAGGAACGCUACGAGGGCUACCGGAAAGCAGCAGCGCUCUUCCUGCAAAGAGACAUCAACAGCACGUACGAGCGCGCAGACGGCGCGUUAGAAGACCUGACGCUCACCGAUGCGGUUCAACUGCAACUGGACGCGCUAGUACCCAGCAACAUCACCAAGGCAUUCGCUGAGGGCACGCUGCUCUCUAUCGUCGUGUUCGCGGUGGCGUUUGGAGCCAUCCUGGCGCGGGGCAAUGCUCGUGGCCGACUGCAGGCGGCUACGGACGUCAUCCACGAUCUGUACGACGUCUUUAUGGAGUUUAUUGGCUGGAUCAUCAAGUUCGCGCCAGUUGCUAUUUGCUCGCUACUCGCAGCAGCUAUCGCGGACUCCGAGGACCUCCGCGUUCUGUUGCGCAGCGUCGCCCUCUAUUGUCUGUGCGUCGUAUGCGGCCUGGGGGCGCACAUGCUCGUCUUUUAUCCGCUGCUGCUCCGCACGUUUGUCAGGCACGCCAACCCGUUCGACUGGUUGGCGAAGAUGGUUCGAGCGCAGCUUUUUGCGCUGGCAAGUGCGUCCUCUGCUGCCACGCUGCCAAUUGUCAUGGAGUGCAUUGGGGCCACCAAGCUGGUAUCCCCCAGACUGUAUCGCUUCGUGCUGUCGCUCGGUGUCACUAUUGGGAUGGAUGGCGCAGCUGUGGGGACCCCCAUCGCCGUUGUGUUCAUGGCGCAGGUGAGCGGAGUAUCGAUUGAUCCAGCCGAUUAUCUUGCUAUUUGGGUGGCGUCCGCCGUCGGCUCCAUCGGCGUUGGACCUGUUCCGUCCACGGGUCUCGUGCUCAUUAUGACUGUCUGGAAAACGGUGUUCCCAAGCGAGGCCUUGCCGGCAGCGUUCGCGUUCGUCAUCGCUACAGACUGGCUCAUUGAUCGGCUCCACACCGUCGUCAACGUGACUUGCGACACUGUAGUUUGCCGUGUUGUUGCUCAACUCGUCGGCGACCCGGGCGCAAAACUGCAAGAGGAAGGCGAGCUACCAAGAGCCUGA